GUUGUAUGGUUUUAUUCGAAAGAAAUUUGUUUUAAGAAUAAAAAACAAAAAUACUAAUUCGCCUUCUGUCCAGUAGAUGGCAGUUUACAGCUGCGCUAUUCCUUUUCCAGCCCAUCGACUCCUCUUUGAUGACGUGCUUUGUUACUCGUUGUUCGAUUCCGCUGGCGGGCUGCUCGGACUGCCGCACGACACGCGUUUGUGCGCCUCAGAGACAAAAGGCAACAGAAGAAGAAGUGGAAAAGGAACAAGAAAGAAGAGUAGAAGAAAGAGCGUCGGAAAAAGGAGCCGCUCCACACCAUAUGAGAAGAGCAGACACUUGCGGGUAGAGAAGAGUUUCUCACACAGCAUGGCCUCAGCCACGGAUGAAGGUGUGAAUGAAAGACUGGCACACAUUAAACAGGAGGAAUAUGACUGGGACACACCGGAGAAAUUUUAUUUCUGUGUGAAGGCAGAGAAUUGUGAGGGAAGAAUUUCAAAUUUUAAAGAGGAGGGGUGCGAGCGAGAGACUGUUGACGUUAAAACUGAGGAUUCAGAAGAGUCGUCCAUUAAUCUUGAACUGCAAAAUCACGAGGGUGGAAGUUAUUUGAAACAAGAUGUUUCUAAAGAAUCUCAUUCCAGUGUACAGCCUCAGUUCACGAACUCAAGACCACUGGCUAGCCAAGAGAGUUCUAUAGAACUGAAAUCUGAGUUGGAAGAGGAAAUCGAUGAAGGAAACACGAGAGAAGCAGAAGAGCAGCAGUCAUCUAGGAGUGUGGGAACAAAUUUCCAGGAGAACUGCAGCUUCUUUAUAUCGUCAUUUCCUCAGACUUCUCCUCAGUGCAGACUGCAACAUAAAAAAGAGAGGAGAAAGAUGAAGAAAUCAGCAAAAGGAUCAGAGGAUUUGACAGAACCCUCUUUCCAUUGCAGUUCUCUUCCUACUGCUAAACAAGCACAGAUAGGAGCCAUCAAAAAUAAAAAACAAGAUGUUCAUAAUACGGACCAAGAAGCUCUUUAUGUAUACAGAGAGUGCAGAAUUUUUUUCAAAAACACUCCUGACAGUAAAGAUCAUAAGUUGAUACAUAGGAGGCAAAAGCCAUAUGUUUCUUCUGAAUAUGGUAAACUGUUUCCAUGCAGUCAAACUCUUCCCAGUUACAAAAUAAUUCACACUGGAGAGAAAUCUCAUUGCUGCUCUGAAUGUGGAAAAAGAUUCUCGCAAAAAAGCAGUCUGCAGAGGCACACCAGAAUUCACACCGGAGAAAAACCUUAUUGUUGUUCUGAAUGUGGGAAGCGAUUUGCUGCCAGAAGUGCUGUUCAGAGGCAUACAAGGAGUCACACUGGAGAAAAACCUUAUUGCUGUUCUGAAUGUGGCAAACGAUUCUUUGACAGCAGUGGUCUUCAGAAGCACACAAGAAUUCACACCGAAAAGAAACCUUAUUGCUGUUCUGAAUGUGGUAAACACUUCUCAUACAGCAGCAGUCGUAAUAGACAUAUGAGAGUUCACACUGGAGAGAAACCUUUUUGCUGUGAAGAAUGUGGCAAACGAUUCUCGCUAUUAAGUCAUUUUCAGACCCACACAAGAAUUCAUACUGGAGAAAAGCCAUAUAGCUGCUCUGAAUGUGACAAAUGUUUCUCACACAGUGGAAGUCUGAAUAAUCACAUGACAUUUCACACUGGACAGAAACCGUAUUGCUGUGCAGAAUGCGGCAAACAAUUCUCACUAAAAUGCAGUCUUCAGAGACACACAAGAAUCCACACUGGAGAAAAACCUUUUUGUUGUCCUGAAUGUGGCAAACAAUUUUCUAACAGUAGCCAUCUUCAGAGACACACAAAAUUCGCACAUUAGGCAAGAAGCCAUAUUGCUGUUUUGAACGUGGCAAAAGAUUCUCUAAUAACAGCAGGAUUUGGAAACUUAAAAAUUAAUUUGAAAAUGUGAAAAAAAUACAAUGUAUCCGCACCGCAGAGACCCUGGGAUCACAAUCUAGACUACAAAACAGAAAACAAGAUUUUAGUCAGUGGGAGGAGACACCAGUAUGAACUGACAGAAAAAUAGAUGCCAGAAAACUGGACUUUUUUUAAAUGAUAAAGAAAACCUGAAUAAUUGAAUUACGGUCGUCAUCAUCUGAGUUCACCUCUGUUAUAGCGCGUCAUUACGUGAAAAAAGCAGUGUCAGAAUUGGUGGGAUCGUGAACGCGACAGAGAAUAAAACUGAAUAAAAAAAAAACCCUAACCUUUACAAAUAUCAUAAAUUUACACCGGCUGUUACAGACUGAAAUCAAAUGUAUGUUUUUAUUCUAAGAUAGUAAGAAUAAGUGCAGCUCACUUCUCAAAACGG